AAUAACGAACAAUCCCUUUACGGUUGGAUCUCCAGAUUUGAUUUGAACACAUAUUUCGCACCUUAUUUUUAUUUAUUUAUAAUUAUUAAAUUAUUAUUAUUAUUUGUAUAUACUUACUAACAAUAACAAUAAAACUGAAAUUAGAUGAUUCUGGAACUAUCAUGAGAUUCAUCGCACCUUUGAAUUUCAGAACUCUCUAGACACACAUUCACUCCUUUGCGUAAUGCAUUAUCAUUAUUAUUCAACAAUUGCAUAAAUCAACAAUUCGUAGCUCUCUAAGCAUUCUUUGAUUCGCGUCAAUUUUGUUCAUCGAUGGAGGAGGAUUUCGAUUUGCAGCCAACAGAGAAUGAAAUGGAAAUGCCUGAGGAAGAAGAAGAGAUGAUGAGUCCGAUCCACAAGGUUGGUGAAGAGAAGGAGAUUGGUAACAAUGGUUUGAAGAAGAAGCUUGUUAAGGAAGGUGAAGGAUGGGAAACUCCUGAUAUUGGAGAUCAGGUUGAAGUGCAUUAUACCGGAACUUUGCUUGAAGGAACCAAAUUUGAUUCCAGCCGCGAUAGGGCCACCACUUUCAAGUUUAAACUUGGUCAAGGGCAAGUGAUCAAAGGAUGGGAUGAAGGUAUCAAAACCAUGAAGAAGGGUGAAAAUGCUAUUUUCACAAUACCCCCAGAAUUGGCUUAUGGAGAGUCUGGGUCACCUCCCACUAUUCCACCAAAUGCAACUCUUCAGUUUGAUGUGGAGUUGCUGUCUUGGACUAGUGUCAAGGACAUUACCAAGGAUGGUGGGAUAUUGAAGAACAUUGUAACUAAAGGGGAGAAAUGGGACAAUCCUAAGGAUCUUGAUGAAGUAUUUGUUAAGUAUGAAGCUUGUCUUGAAGAUGGGACGAUUAUUUCAACAUCUGACGGGGUCGAGUUCACUGUUGAAGAGGGUUAUUUCUGUCCUGCUUUGGCUAAGGCUGUGAAAACAAUGAAGAAGGGAGAAAAAGUUCUCUUGAAUGUUAAGCCCGAAUAUGCAUUUGGUGAGAGUGGAAAACCUUCAUCAGGAGAUGAUGGUGCUGUACCGCCAAAUGCUUCGCUCCAAAUCGAUCUUGAGUUAGUCUCGUGGAAGACUGUAUCUGACAUUACUAAGGAUAGGAAGGUCCUUAAGAAGAUUUUGAAAGAAGGAGAGGGAUAUGAACGACCAAAUGAUGGAGCUGUGGUUCAAGUGAAACUUAUUGGGAAGCUGCAAGAUGAGACUGUCUUCCUUAAGAAGGGUCAUGACGAUGAUCAGCCAUUUGAGUUCAGAAUUGAUGAAGAGCAAGUAAUUGAUGGACUUGAUAGAGCUGUGAAGAACAUGAAGAAAGGGGAAAUUGCAUUGGUGAUCAUACAGCCUGAAUAUGCUUUUGGCCAAUCUGCCUCCCCUCAUGAAUUGGCUACUGUUCCUCCUAAUUCCACAGUUUACUAUGAAGUUGAGCUGAUUUCCUUUGUAAAGGAAAAGGAAUCAUGGGAUCUGAAUACAGAAGAGAAGAUAGAGGCAGCUGGAAAGAAAAAGGAAGAAGGGAAUGCAUUGUUCAAAGCUGGUAAACAUGAAAGAGCAUCAAAGAGAUAUGAGAAGGCCAUAAAGUAUAUCGAGUACGAUUCUGCCUUCGGUGAUAAGGAGAAACAGCAGGCCAAAGCAUUGAAAAUUACAUGCAAUCUUAACGACGCGGCCUGUAAGUUGAAACUCAAGGACUACAAACAGGCAGAAAAGUUGUGCACAAAGGUGUUAGAACUUGAUAGUAGGAAUGUAAAAGCACUAUACCGGAGGGCACAAGCAUAUAUUAAUCUUGUGGAUUUGGAUUUGGCUGAAAUGGAUAUCAAGAAAGCCCUUGAAAUUGAUCCAGAUAACAGGGAUGUGAAAAUUGAGUACAAAAUUUUGAAGGACAAAGUGAGAGAAUACAACAAGAAGGAUGCACAAUUCUAUGGUAACAUAUUUGCCAAAAUGAAUAAAGUAGAUCAAUCAAGAACUGCUGCAGCAAACCAGGAAUCAGUGCCGAUGGCUGUGGAUAGUAAAGCUUAAAUUAGGAGUUAACAAUGUUAUGUUUGUAUUGUAUCCAUGUUUGCAUAAUAGCACUUGCAAGUUAUUGCAAUUGCUAAGUGGUCUCUGUCUAGUCUUGGUUCUAUAAUGACUAUGGUCAUUGUCACCCCAAAAAUCCAUGUAGACUGAAAAUUAAUAAGAAAUGACGUAAUCAAGUUUUGGUAA